UUUAUUCACAGAUCUCCGAAGAUUGUCCACCAGCUGCCUACUUCAUACAAUGUCUCAAUUGCCCAGCCCAGCCCAAGCUUACGUAAAUCCUCGGUCGAAUGAAUCUGGAGACUCUGGAUUCGGUAGCAACCCUCGGUCAAAUGAUCCUCCUAUCCAGGACUGCUUAAGCCCCAUAUCAAAAACAUCUGAAGACACUGGAAUCGGUAGCAACCCUGGGUCAAAUAAUCCUACCCAGCACUGCUUCAGCCCCAUGUCAAACACAUUUGGAGACACUGGAAUCGGUAGCAACCCUGGGUCAAAUAAUCCUCCUACCCAGGACGACUGCUUCAGCCACAUGUCAAACACAUCUGGAGACUUAUCAAGUGUUGGUGACAACGUUAUGUGGAAUCAUGGGACAGUCUCGUGUAAUGACGUUUCAAACAGCAUUCAAUUUGUUGGCAAUCUUGGAUCAAACAAUCCAGUAAGCUUUGCCAACUCUGCAGGAAGCAGCGCUGUAGCAUACACAAACACUGGACAUUGCGAUCCAGCAAGCUAUGAAAACUUUGGAGCAAACAUUCCAGUAGCUCACGCAGUCACGGGACAAAGCAACCCAGCAAGCAUGAGCUGGUCACCGGACACUGCAGUGGCUUACACCAACAACACCGAAACAAGCAACCCAGCAAGCUAUCCCAAUUUCAAUCUGGAGACGUUGGACGUUUUAUUGGCCUCCAUUCGUCGCGAUGAAGAAUUGGCCAGUGCACCUGAGGUGACGGACAACAUGAUGCAUCUGGAGAUGCCGAGAAAUGUCACGCCGAACUUGUUUGAAUUGCAGGUUGGAAGUAACUCGCAGAUGACAGAUGUGAUGCAGAGUGCAUCUCCGAUGCAAGUACAACCAUACUUGAAAAUAUUAAGACAACCACAGAGAAACGGGCAUAGGUUUCGAUAUACGUCGGAGCGUGGCAGUCAUGGAACCCUAGAGGCUGAGAGAAUGAGUAGGGACCAGAAGAAAAAGGAGUAUGUUAGUGUCAAGUUGGUAGGUUAUGGACCGCGAGCUAAGAUAGUAGUAAGUUUGGUCACCAACGACAGUCAACGUGAGUCGCACAUUCACCGAUUGGUAUCCAAAAAGUCUGAUCUCUCCGCUAACGUAUGGAGCCACCCAGAAUUACAAGUGGACAUGGCGUGUGAGAUGACUGCCACGUUCAGUGACAUAGCAGUUACGGUUGUUCCACAGAAGAUGCUGACGGAUAUGCACUUUAAAGAGCAUAUAUCUGCAGAAAAAGGAAAGAGCCGCAGUGUUCCUAUAAACUCUGCUGUUAGGAAGAAGCUCGAUGAAGAACUGAAGUCGAAAAAUAAGAGGCUUAAAAAAUUUGACGGCCAGCACAUUGUGGUUCUCAAGUUUGAAGCAUAUUCGCUGAAUGGCGAUGGCUCGACCGGCCCCCAGCUGUGCAGUCCUGUCUUUUCUAGUGAGGUAAUCAACCAAAGAUCAACCCAGAAUGGAGAAUUGAGGAUAUCUAAGAUUAGCAAGUCAUCAGAAUCUUGCAAAGGUGGUCACAGCAGAGAGAAUGAUACUCAAAUGCUAAUGUUCACUAGUAAAGUAAAGAAAGGAG